AAAGGGUAUGCCUGGUAAAAGGCUGUCAUUGUCAUUCAUACUGAGAGAGGGCAGUAAUGAGCAAAGUAUGUGCUCGCAUCAUCAUAAAAGAAGAAGAAGCUCCUGUGUGUUGUCAUGGCGUCGGCGGCGGUUUUAAACCAUGGCAUACUAGAGUUUGUUAUUUUUGUCAAAUCCCUUAUUUGAAUUUAAUUACAGCCGACUAAAGUAUAUCGAUAGGUUAUAGCACUGAAGUACAGUAAUAUCAUGUGUUUUUGACGUUCGUUUAGAUUGCAUUUGUAACUUAAACGUCGCGUACCUGGAUUUGACAUUUCUCAGUGAGUUUAGCAACAUGGCUAAUCAGCUAGCUUUAACGUUACUAGCUCGACCUGAAUUUAAAUCGGCAUGCUUAGGUACUUCAGGAUAAACAGUUGGCAUACGUCUGUUUGUCCCACUACUACUCGUGCCUUGUAUGCCAUGGCCAAAUUCGCGGACCAUGCCAAACUUAAAACUUAGCUCCUCAUAAACUCCAUUCUUCUAGGCUAACAUUAACAUUAGCCAAUGACCCUAACGUUCAACAUGUGUGUAAAUAUAGGCUGUAACAAUUUAGGCUAAUUUUAGAUGCAUAGCAAAUCAAAGGCAAUAUGACAGCUAAGUUUCAAAGAGUGUCAUUUGAAGACUUUAGUCAUUUAAAUGGGUGUUGGAUCCCUACUGGAUCAGGUGCGACUCGCAGCACCCAGAGACCACAAACUCAGUUGCUGUUCAACAAAGCAAUCCCGCUGGACCCCUCUAACCGAGAAACCCGCGUUGGGCCCCCGGCACCCAUUGUAAUUGAGAAGUUCGUGCAGCGGACCACCGAGCAUGCAGAUGGGGACAGCUGCGGCAGUUCUCUGCGCUUCUCCGUGCUGUCAGAAGAGCGUUUGCAGACAGCUGUCAGACUUGCUAAGAGAGAUCUAAGGAGAAGGCGCCAACAGUCCCUCAUCAGCACCCCCCUCACCAGCUCACCUUGCAAACAAGAGCAUGACUCUCAGGAUGACAGCAUCACAGAUGUCCAGCAGAAGCCAAAGAAGGUUACCUCUAAAGGACAGCAGACCGGGAACGUUCAGAGAUCUGUGUCAAAGUCAGGAGCAGAGGUGCUGGUGUACACCCCUCAGAAGCUAUCGGCUCCCACUGGACCAGCAUAUGGCCAGUCGCCUCCCACCAGGGACCUGGGGCCCAAAGUCGGCAGUAAACUGAGCCAAGAGAUACGCAGGCUUCAGAAGGAGUUGGGUACUUGUGUCCAGAGGAUAGAGCAACUGACUAAUAAAGGUCGGCUGGUGGGCGAGCCCCUGGAGCCGGAGGAGCAGCGCAGGAUGGAGAUCCGUCGGCAGGAGCAGGCUGCAUGCUCGGCUCGAAUCAUCUACAACCUCCAGCAACAGGUGAAAGACAUUCAGGAGGAUGUAGAGAAGCUUCGGUCCCAGAACAUCAAACACACCAAGAGGGCUACUUUGAUUUUCGAUAUGGUUGGCAGAGUCAUCCUUGCUCACGUCUCCCCAUGGCUCUGCACCUGAAGAUGGGAGGACAAAGGAAGAGAAAUGUUACUUCUUGUUUACUGGAGUUAGUUACUGGAUCCCUGUUGUUUUCCAAAUGGUCCCAAAUCAGUGUAUGAUCUAGCAAAACUAGAUAACACCCAUAUCAGUCCACCGGGGGUCUUAUAAGCAUGUUUAUGUUUUUGGAAACUGGGGUGGAAUUUUGAUCAAUCAUUUUUCCUCUUGUUUCAUGAGAGCUCAUACACAAAUUUCCCUGCCAUUUUAAAAUGGGUGUGGCACAUAAUGAUAUUAUCAUUAUCUUCUCAAAUAAAUGUCCAAUUAUAAUCAAACCUGUUACACACAAUCACCACAAUACCCCAUUGACAGACACCAUUGAAAAUCCAUGGGGAGCGCUGAAACUGCCACUGCAAUAUUUCAAGAUCUGAAUCAUGUAUAAAUGUGAGAUCUGGUGAGCUUAUACUUCGUCCCAUCUCCUCAGUAACCUUCCAUUCUGAUUGGACACUGAGAAUCACUGUUUGCUUAUUUACAUGUAUAACAGGUUUGGAGCAGUAAAGGACCUUUGAUAUAUAUUGUUGCCUGCAUGUGUGCACUACGCAGUUAGCACCCCUACCACUGUUUCAUGAAGAACACAAGACGGUGGUAAACCUCUAUAACCCAAAUGAAAUUAAGCCUGAUAAUAGAAUAGGCGCUUCAAUCUACAAACAACAAAAAAAAGCCAGAGGAUUCUAUUAAGAGGUUUAUCACUUCCUCUGAGUCUCCCAACCACCUGCUUAGAAUUCACCCCAAGGGACACCCAGGAGCAACAGGGGCAAGGAAAAAACUUCCUUGUCCAGGAAGAAACCUUGGGCAAAUCCACAGCUCAAGGGGCCAACCCAACUGGCUGAGGUCGUGCUUGUACCUAUGUCAGUUAUCACCACUGUCAUAUCAUUACUAAAUACAAUUUAUUUAAUUUUGACAGUUUUUUACUUUACCUAGGCUAGAUGCCUGUCUCAUUUUCAAAAUAUUACAUGGGCCUGCACCUCCUCCGCUGAUUUCUACAACAGAAGGACAGCAGUGGCAGGGCAACUAGGGCAGCAGGGGAGACUAUGUUGUACAUUAUAGACAUAGUAAGUUUAGCCAAACAGUCUUCUCAGUACGGGCCUCAAAUUAUUGGAAUUGCCUUUCAACUGAAAUUAGAGACAGCACCAGCUAUUUAUUUACAGUAAAACCACACUGAAGAGAUGGGUUACAGUAAAAACUAUCAAAACUGCGCUCAUCAAUAGCUGGUUUAACUCAUUCCAAGCACUGCAAUUCUUUGUAUCUAUUCUAUCUUUCUGUUUUCUCUCCUAAUUUGCUCUCUAUCUUUCCUGUAUUCUUUUUACAGUAUUAAUGUACAGUAUUGUGAUGAUAUGUUGACCUGCCAAGGGCCUACAGAUGAAAAUUAGCUCUUUAGCUAACUCUGGCACAUU